GUCUCUAAGUCUGAGUUUCUCCCAUUAAAAUCCCCAUUCAUCUCCUUCUCCAUUCUCACCUUUCUCUCUUACCCAAACCCAUUUCUCUGAUCUCUUCAACUCCUCCAAAAAAUGGCUUCAAAGGCCAAAUUUCCAUCAAUCAAACAAUGCAAGGAUCAUAUAAUCAGAGGAACAGAGUCCAUAGCAGCAGAUCUUGAUGGAACUUUAUUAAUCUCAAGAAGCUCAUUUCCAUAUUUCAUGUUAAUAGCAAUUGAAGCGGGUAGUUUGUUAAGAGGUUUAAUCCUCUUAUUAUCAACCCCUCUCAUUAUAUUUUCAUAUCUAUUCAUCUCAGAAUCACUUGGUAUUAAAAUCAUGAUUUACAUCGCUUACUCCGGUCUGAAAUACCGCGACAUCGAAUUGGUUUCUCGGGCUGUGUUGCCGAGAUUUUACGCAGCAGACGUGAGACAGGAGAGCUGGGAUUUGUUUAAGAAUUGUAAGAGGAAAGUUGUUGUUACUGCUAAUCCGAUUGUAAUGGUGGAUUAUUUUGUUAAGGAGUUUCUUGGUUGUGAUAAGGUUUUAGGGACUGAGAUUGAAGUUAAUCCAAAGACAGGGAGAGCUACUGGUUAUGUUAAAGAACCUGGGGUUUUGGUUAGUAAGUUGAAAAGAUCUGCCAUUUUGAAGGAAUUUGAAGGUGAAGAUGGUCCUGAUUUUGGUAUUGGUGAUAGAACUACUGAUCAUGAUUUCAUGUCUCUUUGCAAGGAAGGAUAUAUGGUACCUGCAGACCCAUCAGCAAAACCAGUGCCAAUGGAUGAACUCAAAAGCCGAAUCGUUUUCCAUGACGGUAGACUCGUUCAAAGACCCGAUCCACUGAACAUACUCAUCACAUUCUUAUGGCUUCCAUUUGGUUUUGUUCUCUCACUCUUUCGAGUUUACUUCAAUCUUCCUCUCCCUGAACGAAUCGUUCGAUACACAUAUGGGUUACUCGGUAUCAAGCUGGUGAUCAAAGGAACACCACCACCUAAACCAUCCCAUGGUACACCAGGAAAUCUUUAUGUAUGCAACCAUAGAACAGCAUUAGACCCAAUUGUUAUUGCAAUUGCCCUUGGUCGUAAAGUCUCUUGCGUUACAUACAGUGUCAGUAAACUCUCUCAAUUCCUUUCACCGAUUCCAGCUGUUUCUUUAACUCGUGACCGUGAAGCCGAUGCAGCUAGGAUUUCAGCAUUACUUCAGAAAGGUGAUUUAGUGGUUUGUCCAGAAGGAACAACGUGUCGAGAACCGUUGCUACUCCGAUUCAGUGCUUUGUUUGCAGAGUUGAGUGACCGUAUCGUUCCGGUUGCAGUCAACACGAAACAGAACAUGUUCCAUGGUACUUGUGUCAGAGGGGUUAAAUUCUGGGAUGCAUAUUGGUAUUUCAUGAACCCAAGACCUACAUAUGAGAUAACAUUUCUUGACAGUCUACCCAAGGAAAUGACUGUGAAAACCGGUGGGAAAUCAGCCAUUGAUGUUGCUAAUCAUGUUCAGAAGGUUCUAGGUGGAACUCUUGGAUUUGAAUGCACUGGAUUAACUAGAAAAGAUAAGUAUUUGAUGUUGGGUAAUAAUGAUGGUAGGGUUGAAUCUAUGAAUUCUAUGAAGAAAUGAAGAGAAUGUGGCAGUAUGUAGUUCGAUCAUUCGCCUUAUGAAAGGUAGUUUUGAUCUUCAUUGGCUGAGUUUUAUUUAGGUUAAUGUGGGAGAGACUAUUAUUAAUGUACUGAUUCUAUUAUGUACUGGUUAAACUUUGGUGCAGUGCCUUAGCAUUUUGGUUUGUGCAUCUUUUAUGAAUUGAAAAUAUAUGAUUCUAUUUUUGUGUU